AUGCAAUACUUGCCGUACCCGAAAGCUCCUUUCUCGUUAUCUGCCCGUCGUUUGAUAUUGAUUCAUUUGUUGACAUGGCCAUUCCUUGAACAGGUCAAGUGCGAUGAGCGGCCCAAUGGCUGUGCCAACUGUGAGAAGCUGCAUCUUGAAUGCUCUGGCUAUCAGCGGGCCUCCAACCCGGUGAGGGGAGGCGGGAAGAGAACCUAUCGCUCCUGUAACAAUUGCCGUCUGGCUCGAUGUAAAUGCUCUGGAGAUCGCCCUGUCUGUGUGGCAUGCCGCGAGAACAAUCUCCAGUGUUCAUAUGAGAACACUCCAAAGCCGUCCUCGUCUUCUACACCAUCGGCUCAGCGACCAAACGGAGCACCUUUGACGGCGUCCACGCCUCGGGAUAGUACCGAUGGUAAAUCUCCUAGUCGUCGGUCGUCUAUCUUGUCUGCAUCUAGCAGUGCUGAGGACUCACCGCUAUCAUGGUUAUGCUCACAUGAACUCCCUGGGCCCAAGCAUCUCAGAGUGUUGGUCAUGUCUUAUUUUCAAAAUUUUCAUCCUCUACGGUGCUUUGCAUUCAUACACAAGCCAUCCUUCUUGCGGCGGCUAGAUGAACGGCCAACCUCCAGCUUGCAAGACAACGCACUGCUUCACAUUGUAUGCACCUUAGGCGCACAAUUUUACGCCUUGGAGCAUAGUGACACUGUUCAGUCUCUGCCCACGUCUUUCAUCCUCAAAGCGGGCUGUCAUUGGGCCAAGACAGCCCAACGGUUAUUGUUAGAAAAUACGGGCAGCAUAUCGGUGGAGGGUUUAAUGACUGCACAGCUAUUGUACGAUUAUGCGCUUCGGAUGGCCAACUUCUCACAAGCAUUCAUCCUCAGCGCCCUAAUGGUGCGGAUGGCGCAGGCUCUUCAGAUCAACCUCGAGUACUCAACAGAUCUAUACAAUGAAGGCCCAAAUGUUGAUCUCUCAACGACUGUGCGAGAAUCACGGCGGCGGCUGAUGUGGAGCUGCUAUGUGACCGAUGUUCUCUGCGGCAGCGGUGUUGACCAACUCAUGCUGGUUCAUGAGAAAGACAUAAAAAUCCAGCUUCCAUGCAAUGACUGGAGUUUCCUCCAUGAGCGAGCAUGCAUUACUGGCUCCCUACAGGGGGGUGCCUUGGACAUUGCUCCCAAAGACCUAACUCCCUCGGAUCUCACCGAUAACAUGGGAAUGCUGGCAUUCUUCAUACAGCAGACCGAAAUCCGGAAACGCGUUUUGAGAUACAUCAAGCAUCUGGACGUCGCCGAGAUGCCGUGGCUUCCCCACUCCGAGUUUGCCCAGCUCAGUUCGGAGCUUCGUUCAUGGCAUCAGUCCUUGCCCACCAAUUUGCAGUUUAUCAGCUCAACGAUAUACAUGCGCAAGGAGAGCUCCCAGUUAGGUGCACUCUGUCUCUUCCAUUGUUCGUUCCAUCAAACCAUGUGUGAUUUGUUUCGCAUCGGGACUCCGGCAGUUUAUAAACUCAGAUCUGCAUUUCACUUUCCCCUAGAGCAGCGAUCUUUCCAGAAGGAACUACAGUGGACGCUAUUCAAGAGCGCGAGGACACUGGCGGCUAUCAUUGCUGAGGCGGAGAGGCACGGCCCGCGGAUGAUUGGAGAUAGCUGGCUCCCGACUAUUGCCUAUGAUAGCAACCGCAUCAUGCUCUUCUAUCUGACUCAACUUUCAGAUUCGCCCAGAAGCAGCAAGUUUGAUUUGAUCCUCAAUACCAUCCCGUACUUGCAGAGCAAUCUGAAAGCUCUCAAGACAAUGAAAACCAUGAACGUAGUUGCCGACGGCCUCGCCAGAGCAGCAGAAGAGAUGUUGGAAAAGCUGGGAGUAGACUCCAACAACGUUCUACCGCUUCCUAAUGUCAUUCUAGACGAUCCUUAUCUCGCCCGCCUAACGAGGGAGAGCGCUCAUAUUGCACCCUCCCAAACCGCUCCGGAUUACGUCCUCAACCCUCUGUCUAUUUACCGUAUGGCAAGGAAUCAGAUACCGGAGCGUCACCAGCCGGAAAGCGUGGCCUCGCGCUCCGAACCGUCGUCCACUCCCGCCAAUAGCAACUUGGCGCCGAGCGAUGAGGCCUACCCGGGCCAGACUGGUAAUACUCCUGUGCAGCAACGGCCAGAACCACGGGACGCGUACACCGGUUUGGAUACUCCGGGACCAAAUUUGGACAUGUUCUUUGCCCCACCAGCAGGACUGGAUUGGCAGCCUGUGGACAUUGUAGUCGGAUCUGAUAUGACUGCAGAAGGUCUGCUACCUUGGGUAGGGACCUCGCAGAUGGGCGAACUUAUGUUUGAGCCUCCUAAUUGA